UCUUCAGCAUACGUUAGACAUGGAUCGAGUUACUUUCAAAGUUAAUGGUGUGGAGUAUUCCGUUGGAUGUGAAGUAUCUUCAAAUGUAAUGCUAUUAGAUUAUAUUCGAGGAUGGCUGGAGUUAAAAGGGACUAAAUACAUGUGUCGGCAAGCCGGUUGUGGCGCGUGCGUGGUGUCCGUGCGAAAACAGGGAGCUUUACCUUAUUCCAUCAACUCGUGCAUGACACCUAUCACCGCUUGUCAUGGCCUAGACAUCACUACUAUAGAAGAAGUAGGCAAUAGACGUAAAGGCUACCAUCCUCUGCAGACAACACUAGCUAAGUACAACGGCUCCCAAUGUGGGUACUGCUCACCGGGAUGGAUCAUGGCUAUGUACAGCCUCCUCCAGAAUCAAAAAGAUAUGACUAUGUUGGAUUUAGAGCAAUCGUUAGCAUCCAACAUAUGCAGGUGUACAGGCUACAGAUCAAUUUUGGAUGCCUUCAAAACAUUUGCC